UAUUCAAAAUAAAAAGCAAGUUUAUCGAUGUAAUAAAGUCAUCAUAUAUUUAUCAUAUAUAUAUUCUUUUUGAUUAGAGCAACAAAUAUACCUUUUUGACUUUAAAUUGACAAGAACAUUUGUGUAAAGAGAGAGGCUAUUAAACUGAAUAUUAAAUUACCUUUGCCUAAGACCCCCGGUUAUUGAAUCUUGCCUGCGCCCCUAAUUCGGAUUUAUGGGAGUGCCACCUGUUCGCGGCUGGUGCUGCCACCCGUUUUAAAUGGCAAACAGCUGGUCAAAUUAUCAUAAGCGUAAACAAACCAAUUUCUUGCUGAGGAUUUAAUGAUUUUUGAAGAAAGUGUAAUUAAUUACAGAGAAGAAACAAAUAAGAAUCCCAUAUCAGACAUGCUCAACGAGUGUUACUUAUAAGAAGCGCUAUUUUCAUCGACUUUUUUGACCCCCUUUGCGACGCCCAUUUUUUGUUGUUCUGCCUUACAAGUCGGCCGUAAAAAUUGGCCAAAAUGAUAAAUUACUAGACUCGGCAAAGACCCUUAAGUAGACGCCGGAGUGUGCUGCAAAAUAGUCCGGAUAGUGCCACAUCCGGACGACCUUUGAACUUCUUACAAACCCGCCAUUAUUGAUUGCAACCACCUGUUGGGGUAAAACAUUCCCAACGCCAAACAAAACCACUCAGCCACGUAGUCUCGAGUCAGUCGGUGAACUAUGCUACAUCGGUUUGCUAGAAUGUGGACGCUGUGCGUACAGGCGGCUUUGAUAGCCACCUUGGUGAGGGGAUCCACAUCCUUGACGGAUAAUCUCGUGGGAAGAACACAGAUAUCCUACAAUCCCAGCGAACUCUCCGAGUCCCGAUUCCUGGAGUAUAGUAAUCUAUCCGAUAAGCUGCACUUAAGGGAAGCCAUUGACAAAAUCCUUAUACCUCGAGUUGUGGGCACAACAAAUCAUACUAUAGUGCGAGAAUACAUCGUCCAGAGUUUGAGGGAUCUAGACUGGGAUGUGGAAAUAAACAGUUUCCAUGAUCACGCUCCCAUCAAGGGCAAAUUGCAUUUCCACAACAUUAUCGCCACCCUGAAUCCACAUGCUGAGAGAUAUCUGGUGCUGGCCUGCCAUUACGAUAGCAAGUACAUGCCUGGAGUGGAGUUCCUGGGGGCCACCGACUCAGCAGUGCCCUGUGCCAUGCUCCUCAACCUGGCAAAGGUGCUCCAGGAGCAACUGAAGCCCCUCAAGAAGAACAAACUGAGCUUAAUGCUCUUGUUCUUCGAUGGCGAGGAGGCUUUCGAGGUGUGGGGACCCAAGGAUUCCAUCUAUGGAGCACGACACCUGGCCAAAAAGUGGCAGCAAGAAGGAAAACUGAAUAGAAUAGAUAUGCUGGUGCUCUUGGAUCUGUUAGGUGCCCCCGAUCCAGCAUUCUACAGUUUCUUCGAAAACACCGAAUCAUGGUACAUGCGUCUCCAGUCCGUGGAGACACGUCUUGCCAAGUUGCAGCUCCUAGAGCGCUAUGCCAGUAGUGGGGUUGCCCAGCGCGACCCCACCCGCUACUUCCAGUCGCAGGCCAUGCGAUCUUCUUUCAUCGAGGACGAUCACAUACCCUUCCUGCGCCGAAAUGUGCCGAUCUUGCACCUUAUUCCGGUGCCCUUUCCCAGUGUCUGGCAUACGCCCGACGAUAACGCCAGCGUGAUAGAUUAUGCGACGACGGACAACCUGGCGCUGAUUAUACGGCUCUUCGCUUUGGAGUAUCUGGGCGGAGCCGUGGACAAGUAGUCAAAUAGGCUCCAGUGUGAAUCACAAAUGUUAUAUCUACUUACGGCCUUAUCUAAUUGACCUGUUUGCAGUAUCGAAACAUUGUUGAAUGUUCUUAUGCCCGCCUAAAAAUCCAUAAAAACCUUGUUGUAACUGACUGCGUGCAUUAAAACUACUUAAAAAGAUCUGCAAUACGCGUACUCCAGAUAUUUUUAUACACAUGUAUUUAUAGAAAAUGCUUAGCUAAUGACACGUCACUUUUAUAUAUUUUUUGUAAUCUUUCGGUUGUAAAUUGUUUCACUUAUGUACAUAUUCAGUUUAAUAUAUACAUAGUAAAUAUACCUUAAAA